AUGAGUUAUGAUGCUUUCACUCGAUUAGUUGCAAUACUUCGUGGAAGAGGACUUCUGAGGGAUAAUCAAUACAGUUUUGUUGAGGAACAAGUUGCUAAGUUUCUACAUAUUUUAAGUGGUCAAGGACGUGUUCGAUCAGAAAGUUUUUUCUUUCGUCGAUCUACUGAGACCAUUAGUCGUCAUUUCCACAAAGUUCUUAGAGCUUUAAUAACACUUCAAGAUCAAUUUUUAGUCCAACCAAAUGGUUCUACUGUCUCACCACAAAUACUCAAUAGUGGAGGAAGAUUCUAUCCAUACUUUAAGAAUUGUAUCGGUGCAAUAGAUGGAACACAUAUCCGAGUGAAGGUUUCAAAAGAAGAUGUGUCAAGGUAUAGAGGAAGGAAAAACUAUCCUACAAUGAAUGUCUUGGCAGCUUGUACUUUUGACUUGAAAUUCAUGUACGUAUUACCUGGGUGGGAGGGCUCCGCUUCAGAUUCAAGAAUUUUAGAUAAUGCGUUAAGUAGAGAAGAUAAUCUAAAUGCCCCUCAAGGUAAGUUCUACUUGGCCGAUGCUGGAUAUAUGUUGAGGUCAACAUUUCUCACUCCAUAUCGAAGCACUCGAUAUCAUUUGAAAGAAUAUUCUCGACAUCCGCCUGAAAACCCAAAAGAGUUAUUCAACUUAAGACAUUCCUCAUUACGCAAUGCAAUUGAAAGAGCUUUUGGUGUUUUGAAGAAUAGAUUUCCAAUAUUAGCAGAAAUGUCUAGAUAUAAUGUAGAGACAUACAUUAUAGGUGGUGAUAUGGAUGCUGAAAAAGUUUUUGAAGUGGGAGGAAAUGAUUGUAAUGCAUACUUUAAGUGGACCACAGAAAUGGAUGGUGUGAUGCUUGAAGUUCUUAGGGAGCAAAAGAGUAAGGGUCAAAAGGAAGAUAGAGCUUUUUCUGCUGAAGUAUAUAGGAAGGUGGUAGAGGAAAUUAAUGAUAAAUUUUCUUUGAACAUCAACAAAACCAAAGUGAUGAAUCGUCUCAAAACUCUUAAAGAACAAAUGGUGCUAUCAAAAGAAAUUGAGUUGAAAAGUAGAAUAGGAUGGAAUGAUUCUUUUAAAACAUUUGAGGCUCCUCUAGAGGUGUGGAAAUCUCUGAUAAAGGCCAAUCCAAGGUACAAAAAUAUCAAAGGAAAAUCCCUUCAUCACUUGGAGAUUCUCAGAGAGAUAUAUGAGAAAGAUGUAGCAACUGGAGCUCAAGCUGAGAGUGCUAGAGAAAAAGUACAAAGGUGGGAAAGGGAGGAGACUCAUAUUACUAUUGAUGAAAUUGAUGAGAUGCAAGCAAACAAUCAUGUUUAUUUGGAUAAGUUUUCUACCUUUGAUUUUGAAAUUGCGAAAGGUAAAAAAAGAAAAGCACCAAUGACAAAUGAGUACUCAUCCCAAUUAAAUGAGGUGUCUUCGGCAAUGAAAGAUAUUGCACAAGCUAUUUUAAAUACAAACACUCAAGUUUGGAAGCCUGCAGAAAUAUAUGAAGCAGUAGCUAAAUUGGGUUUGGAGGUUGACAAACUUUUUGAAGCUGUUGAAUUGCUAAAUGAACAUCCUAAUCUUAUUGGAGUUUUUUUUGGUUUCCCAGAAGAGCUACGCUUGCAAUGGUUAGCUAAAAAGUUAAGUUGGUGA